AUGGUAUUACAUCGUAUAGCCAAUUUUCUUUCGAGAAGAAAUAGUGGGCAUAAUAAUACAAAACCAGUCACAAAUAAUGAAAACGAACAAUUAAGUCGUAAUAAAAAUCAUAACAAUCAUAAUAAUCAUAUCCAAAAUGUUAAUGAUUCGGAAUCAAAAGCAAUAAAUAAUAAAUUAUUGAAAUCGUUAUCUUCAUCAAAGAUAGAACAAAAUAAAUCUCAAUUAGAUAGUCUCAAAUUAAACUCAAAAGAACACUUUAAACCAAGUAAUGAACCAGUAAAUGGUAUCAAUGAUGCGAAUAAUUCAAUAGAUGAAUUACCUUCCAGUGACGUCAAAAAUUUAAAUUUAAAUGAGGAUCUUGGGAAUACAUCAAUUCAAAACAUUGAUGACUCUGAAAGAAUUCAAAAUACCCCACAAGUGGAUCAAGCUGAGAAAAUGGGGUCCCUUCAAAAUACAACAACUUCAAGGCUAGUCAACUCCAAUGAUAAAGUCCAAAGUACAGAUACCAAUGGAGAUACCCCUAUACCCGAAACAGAAUCACAAGUUUUACAACAAUCCCCUCUUGUAGAAGCAGAAGCAAACUCAAAUGUAGUAGAAGAUCAAAAUAAUCACCAUUUUAAUCCCUCGCUUGAAAAUAAUCAACUAGAUAGUCCAGAAGUACCAACAACUUCAAAAUUUCCAGAUUAUGAAAAUCAAAACGAACAAGCACAAGUACAAGAUGAAGCACAAGAACAAGAACAAGAUCAAGAUCAAGAACAAGAAGAAACAAAUAAUUCCGAUACUUGUUCCAUAGAUCUUGAAACAUUACCAGAAAUAGGAAAAGAAUAUGUUAAAACAUCAUCAAAACCAAUAUAUGAAGGAGCAAAUGGUAUAAUAUUCAAGGGAUCAGAUCUGAAUCAUACAAAAGUUUUAGCUCUAAAACAAAUUAAAUAUAAUCCAGCCAAUGAAAAUUAUAAACAAUAUUUGUCAAAAGUACUUAGAGAAUAUAAAAAUGUUAAAACUGUACAACCACAUAAACAUAUAAUUGAAAUAAUAAAUUUAUUAAAGCUUCAAAAUUCAAAUGAAUUAAUUAUCAUAUUACCUUAUUUUCCCCAGGGAGAUUUAUUAGAUUUUUUAUCAAAAUUAAGAAGAUUUAAAAUAAAAAUAAAUUCAAAUUUAAAAGAUUCAAUUUUUAAACAAAUUUUAAAAGGUGUUAAUUUUUUACAUUACCAAAACAUAAUUCAUAGAGAUUUAAAACCUGAAAAUUUUUUAAUUGAUUUAAAUGGUAUAAUAAAAAUAAGUGAUUUUGGUUAUAGUUUAAAUUUAAAUAAUCAUGAAAAAUGUUUUAGAAUAUUUAAGGAAGAUUUAAAUUUUUUAAUUGUUGGGACAAACAGUUUUAAAUCACCUGAAAUAUUUGAUAUUGAACAACAACAAAAAGAUAAAAAAUUUUCAUUAAAUCAAUUUAAAAUUUAUUCAAAAAAUUUUCAGCUACUUAAAAAAUUUGAUAUUUGGUCCAUAGGUAUAAUUUAUUUUGUUAUUUUUCUAAUGAAAAAUCCAUGGAUAAAUUCAAAUUUAAAUGAUCCUAAAAAUGUUAAUUUUCAACAAUACAAGAGUUCAUAUCCAAUUUCAUCAGAAAAAGAUCCUUCCGUGUUUGAAAAAAAUUUACGUAGUUUAAAUAAUGAUUUAAAUAAUAAAAACCUAAAAUUAAAUAAUUCAUCAUUAGAAUUAUUUAAAGAGCUUCAUUAUGAUUCAAGAUCAAUAAUUUUAAAAAUUUUAAAUCCUGAUAUAAACAAGAGAAUUGAUUCUAUAAAUGAAAUCUUGGAAAGUAAUUGGUUAUCUCAAGUUUAUGCAAAUCCUAAGGAUUUAAUUGAUUUAAUUAAUAAUAAAAAUAAAAAUUAA